AUGCUUGAUGUAUCGGUUGAGUCGACUGAUCACUUCAACGCAGUGAAAACAAACAUAAGGAAGAAUAAUGAAAAAGAAUUGAAGGAAAAAACUAGAGCCAUGUCUGAGGAAGAAAUUCUUUCACACAAAUUGCUGGUUGCAAUUGAAAAACAAGCAGCCUUAGAUGAACGAUACGCUGAUGAAAUCCAUAAAAACGAAGUGCUGGAAGAACGAAUCCGUAAGUUAGAAGUUAGUGUUUCAACUCAGGAAAAAACCAAACAGCUCGCAAAUGAAAGCGAAGAUGUAGGGGAGAAACUACGGCAAACGGAGGCAAAAUACCAAACCGUAGAAAUUGAGCGGGAUCGCGUGCAAACUGAGAUUGAAGAAUUAACUAGCUCUUUAUUCGAAGAAGCGAAUCGAAUGGUAGCAGAUGCUAAGAAAGAAACAUCCGUUUAUCAGCGACGUGCUUCUCAACUCCAAAAACAAUUAGCCGAUACCGAAACUCUCUUACUAAAUGCCCAAUCCCAGCUGAUAGAGCUAAAGUCUGUCAUGCAAAACAUGUCCGAUUCCUAUGAACAGACGAUUCAUUCUCCUAUACGACCCGGUUCUUCUGCUCAUGAUUCGGCUUCUAUCACUAGUAUGGGUUCUUCUACACCAGCGUUAGAAGAAACUUUACAUCGAAGUGCCCCUAAUCAUGUAAAAUCGGCUUCCUUCGAAAGUCCUAGGACGUCAGUAAAUUCCAAUUAUGUAUAUCCCGCCGCUCACCGCCAUCUUGAGCAAGUGCAAGAUCAGAGAGCAGCCACCAGUCUAGGUAUUCACCACCCUUCUCACGUUCAUCGUGUACGAACGCUCGUUGAAGACAGGUCUAGCAGUGCCUCCCCCCCUGCUACGCCAGUCGUCGUUACAGACUCACCUCCUCCUUCUACCAACUAUGUGACACCCAUAAAUUCCGCCAUUUGGAACACAAGUCAGGCAAACUUUUCUCAAGCAAUGAACUUUCAAAAUCCCUCUUUUUCUGAGUUCCAUGCUUUGUUAACCUAUUCCUCGAAAUCAGUUCAACCAAGGACCAGUUUAAACCGUAUGUCUUCUUCCUCAUCGUUGAAGAAUGUCGCUUUACAAAAUCGUACGGUCCUCCCGCCAGCAAAUACAAAGCAAUCAUCUUCAUCACCGUCUCAUCCAUCUUUCUUACCGCCUGCUUCGCGUUGUCUUCGAGAAUUUGCUUAUUUUAAACGAUGCGUUGAAGAGGACAUUGAUCCAACAUUGCGCUUGGAUCACGCAGUCGGCCUGUCGUGGUUAGCUCGUCGAUCGAUUUAUGCUGCUAUUCUAGAUGCUUCCUUAAUUAUUAACCCUUUGUCUUCUUCCUCAUCGCAAGCAUUUUCUCCAUGUUCCCUUUGUGGAGAUAAUAGGGAAGACAGCCUUCGCUCUUUUGAGUUUCGGUCUCGUCCCGAUGGUACAUCUUAUGCUUGCUGUAAUUACUGCGUCGCUAGAUUACGCAGCGUUUGUGGAUUUCUAUCAUUUUUAUACCAAGUUGCUAAAGGUGUUUGGGAUUCCUGUUCUGUUGAGAAAACUUGGACCGAGUGUAUUCUUAAGCGUGAAGCAAUGUUUUAUUCACGAACCGGAUUAGCAAAAGAACUUGGCGGUUAA